GCCGCCCGCGCUCGAGGCGGCUGCGGAGGCGGCCAAGGCGGAAGGGGGCGGCGCGCGGCCUUGCCUCGCCGAGCGGCUGCGGCUGGGGAGCCUCCUAGAGGACGGGCUCUCGUACAAGGACGGCGACCGUCGAGACCAUCCCCAAGACGCCAACCUCCUCCAGCCCACAGGACGCGCACGGGAGGGCAGCAAGGAUCUCGAGAGGACUCGGCACCGAGGGCAACGCAACCCACGUGCCAUCGGCGGGAUGCGUUUCUUUUGUGGGGAGUGCAUAGUUGAUCUGAUUUAAAGAUAAUUCUUAUAUAAGAACUAAAUUGCAGUCAUGGAGUCGUCAGCCAAGCAAGAGACACAACCGAAGCCACGGCUCAUUGUUCGCCUUGGUGUAUUUCUUGCCUCUCACCACAUCCUCUUCAGUGUUAUUUGUUGCUUUGCGGGCAUUAUUGCGCUCCUCCUCCUCCCUUCACUUGCCAAAAACACAUACCUCUCGGAGAAUGCUCUUAUACCUGGCUCUGCAAAUCCAUUAUUUUCUACUGAAGAUGCCAUUGAAGCAAACAGAUUUAUGAAAGGAAUUGAAGCUGCGGCUGGGGAUUCAAUGGGUGGCAUAAAUAUGGCAAAAUUCAUUGCACAACAAAUAGAAGAUCUGGGUGCAGAAGUAUGUUACCAUAAGUUCCUCCCUCAUAGCAAGCAUUUUCAUCCUCUGAAGUUCUUCACCUCCACGUCGAAUCACAUGGCAAUACAACCUAACGGCACUGACAUCAAUUUUGGGAUAAACACUAUUGGCAUUAUACGAGCUCCUCGAGGCGAUGGAAAAGAAGCGAUAGUGCUAGUUACUCCUUAUAAUUCUCAGAGAGUUCACUCAAAUGAAUUAUUAUCCCUGGCCCUUGGUUUCUCUGUCUUCUCCCUCUUAAGCCGAGCAGCAUGGCUGUCGAAGGAUAUUGUGUGGCUAUCCGCAGACUCACAAUUUGGAGAGUAUACUGCAGUCUCUGCAUGGUUAAACCAGUACCAUAAUCCAGUGUUCCUGAGUCAUUCCGUGAUAUUAGAUACCAAGAUAUAUGGUGCAGAUCAUAUAUAUGAUGGCAAUACAGAAAAGGCAGAAUUUGAGUCUUUCAAACGUGCUGGAACAAUGGCUGCUGCUCUCAUAUUUAAAGUUGGUGAAACCCGGAGAUAUGGUGACAGAGAUAGUGUUAUGAUGUAUGCAGAGGCAUCUAAUGGACAAAUGCCAAACUUGGACCUUCUGAAUGUCGUACACUAUUUAGCUGUUCACAGACAAGGUUUUCGUGUGAACAUCGCGGCAUUUAGUUCUUUGCUGAGCUCUGCAUGGCUUAGGGUUAUUGCUGAAUUUUUUCAUACCAUUGGGACUGUGUUAAGAAAAAUAAAUCCAGACUGGAAGCUUGAUAUCACAGUCCCUGAUUAUGUGGAGGGGACUGCAAACCUUGCUAACUCUAUAUACAACCAGGCUCUUGGAGUGCCUACAGGAUCCCAUGGCGCUUUCCGUGAUUAUCAAGUUGAUGCAGUUUCUUUAGAAUUUUCACCAACAUUUAAUGUCAGAAAUGAGAAUGCUAAAUCUUUAUUUCUUCUAAGGGGGGGAAGGUUAGUGGAAGGAGUGGUGCGUUCAGUAAAUAAUCUGCUUGAAAAGUUCCAUCAGUCCUUUUUCCUCUACUUCCUUACAGCUCCAAGCAAGUUCAUUUCUGUUGGUGUGUAUAUGAUUCCGUUUGCACUGCUUUUGGCACCCCUCCCAAUAGUUGCUGCUGCUCUUGCUGAUGGCAGUAAAACCAUGGAAAAAUUGGCAGAGAAGUCAAUUGAUGACAGUAAAGCAAAUGGCAGUGCUCAUUUUCUGCAGAGUAAUAAGGGUGGAUCAUGGAAAUGGCUUCAAGCUGCAAAAGUAUUGCUUGUUAUCCAACUUUGGGCAGUUGUCGUUUCUCUACUUCCAUACUACAUUACUCAGAUCCCUGAUGCCACACCGAUGCAAAGUGCAGUGAUCUGGGCUAUGCUUUCCAUCGUCAUACUGGUUGCCCUUUAUGUCAUGUUCGGCUCACCAUACUCAGCUGGUGUUGAGUGGAAACUUCUGAAAGCUACAAUGAUCACUUCCAUCUCCAUAGGACUUGGGCUUAUGUCAAUCAUAAAUUUUGCCACAGCGCAGCUUGGGGCUCUGAUAGUGAUCCCGAUGUGUCUGUUUUCUCGGCCUCUGAAGGCUCGCUCUGGGAUAAAUUUCCUUCCUCGUGCAGCACUGUUGGCUUCAAACAUAACUCUUGCCGUGUUAGGUUUUCCUCCAGCUGCAUUGUUGAUAAUGAAAGGGCUGUCCAAGGGGUCCUGGACAGUAGACAUUGGAGAGUUCUGGGUGUGGAUGGAGUUCUUGUGGGAAUGGAGCAGCGCGACGUAUCUGUACCUGUUUCUUGUCCAUCUCCCCUGCUGGCUGCUCUGCAUCCAUGUGUUGCUGCACCCAUGCCGCCAAUCGGAAUCGAAGAUGAAGCAGGAGUAGCCGUAUGGUCUCUAGGACCUUUUUAUUUUAAAAUUGGAAAGUGUAGACAGCAGUGCAGAAGAUAUUUCUGACUAUUUUUGACCUGCCGACCAUUUACAUGGUUUGUCAUUGUACGGAACUGAUUCCCUGAGUUGGUAAAGGCUUGCCUUUCUUUAGAGCGACAGCCGGGGGCUGAUUUUCACAAGAAGGCUGCUGCUUGAGCAACUUGAGAUUA